AUGCUUAAACAAAUGGGGUCUUUUGACAGUAAUACAAGUCUGGCUUCUCGGUCUCAGGAUAGCGUAAAUACAUCGCGAAAAUCAGACGAAUUUGCUUGCCAACUCCCGCCUAAGAUACCCAAGUACGGAACCGAAAGUAACCCGAGAUUUCGAAAGCCUUUUAUUUCAAUGGAAAAUUCCCCAACUGGCUUGAGCGUGGGCGAAUACAAGCAGUUGCUGGAUGUAGCACGUUCUGGUUUAGUGUCUUUCGACUCCCGACCCUUGACAGCUAGCAGGAAGGAGAUUGGGUUGGUCUUCUAUAAGAAAUUAUAUAAUUCAGGUACGUCAACAAUAAUGAGCUCGGUCGUGUCAUUGGCCUCUCCGGAUGCUGAUGAUUGGUGCUCACGUGUGAGCAACACCCCUUAUUUAUCAGAGGGUUGGCUUUCAAAUUUGACAAGCGCCGUUACAACCUCCAUGAGUCGAAGAGAGAAGCAGCGGGCAAAAUUGGAGGAAGAGAUCCGUUUCUGGAAUAAUCGGGUACAUCUGCAUUACGGUCCCUUUUCUUCGUUGCAGCGGAAAUUGUCGGAGGAAGCAAAAGUUAAUGAAUUAGAAAUGCGCCUCUCAUGCCUUCUUCGAACGCCGCCUGUUCUUCAGGAUCCCUACCUUCAACCCCAGCCUAUACCACAGGAGUUGCCGUACAAACGGCCAGUCAAAUCAAAACUUCCAGGUUUGUUGCGCGCGCACUAG